UGCGCAAAAGCUCAACGGGCUAUAUAUCGUCGAGGUUUCUUCUGAUGGAUGGAUGGAUGGGCAGCGGAGGUCUCCUGCAAGAUCCUGGCCCGCCCGCGUGCGCACCUGACGGCGGACCCGCAAGACGGGCGACCCUUCUCUUAGAUAAGUCGCCGCUGAGCGCUACCACCGCAUGUAUUGCACUAGCUUCGACGAGCUUCCACUUGAUCUUUUCCCUACCACUCUCAAUCUCCCUUAACCUCUUCAAAGGUGUGCAGAUGGAUCCCAUCGUUGCGAUCGACGUCGUCAAGCCCGAGUUUCCAUCCGAGCAAGCGGCCAAUGAUGUACCCGAGGGCCACGAGAGCUGCAACGACAGCGAUGACGAAGUAGUUUUCACAUUCAUGAAGGAGAGCAGAGCAUUCAAAGCAAAGACAAAGUUGACGACAACUGAAGAACAGGGGAAGAAGCGAAGGGAGACAAAAAAGAAGACAACAAGGAGUGGUCGCACUGUCCGAGCAGUUAAUCGUUUCUGCCCGGACAACCUGCGCAGACGAGCAAAUGUCGACAAGGAGAGAUGCAGUACCGAUAGUACAUCCUCUGCUGCAUUCAGCGUCACUUCUUCGCAAACCCCACACGAAGCAACCAGGCUGAAUGCUGAGCAUGAAGCAACUCGCGAAGAACGAGUAAGCGGUGAUCACGAUAACGACGAGGACAUCGUCGUGCGGGUGCGUGGAGUGCACCGCAGUUUCAAGAGGGCGAGUAGCCAAGAAAUAACGAAGACCAUUCAUGUCCUAAGGAGAGGGCAUGAAGAGCUGCUUAAGCAGGCAAAAGUCGUUGAGCUCAGUGCUCAACGCCUCGAGGCUAUGCUUGCUACAUCGCAGGAUGAGUAGAAAGCGACGGAAAAGGAGUAAUAGAAGAAUACAAAGUCAAGCAGGAGAGGCAUCGGCAACGAAAAUCGUCUUCGAGAUAGCCAGGUGCCUUUAAAGCGAAGCCAUCUUGCCGACGACGAGCUGCCUUCCAAGAGAGGUGAUAGCGAUACUGCAUCGUUGAGGACGCCCGCGUCACUAAA